AUGCAGCAAGUAACGAUGUUUCAGUCGAUAUAUUUGCUGAGAAAGGUUAGUAAAGAAGUCUUCACAACACAUGGUAAGCGGACAUAUCAGAGACUUGUGGACGUACAGAGGUCGGCUGUCAGGGGACCCACAGAUUCACGGUCUUUCAUGUCCAGUCAGAGAGAAACGGCAAUGGUCCCUAAGCCAGGCCUUCUGCAGACACAACCAUUGAAGGUCACCAGAUGUUUUAUGGCUGAUAUUGCUGAAGAAGGUGUUGGGACUCACAAGCCGUCAGCAUUUCAGAAAAGAAUUAUGGUGCUGGCAAAAAUGUACCCAUCAAUAGAUAAAGUUCCACUCCGUGUAACGCGGACUCAGCUGUCUGUGGCCAUGGACAAGUUCCGAGUGCGUGCUUGCAUCAUUAUGGUGGCUAUAACAUUUAUAGCUGCAGCUGUUGUGGCUAUGAUUGGCAGGAGAGAGAGACAGCAGGGUAAAAGUAUUGCCACUAUGGUUGAGGCACGGAAGAGGUCUUAA